AUGCCUUGGCCGUUUUCGGAGUCCAUCAAGAAGAGGGCCUGUCGGUACCUCCUGCAGAGGUACCUGGGCCACUUCCUGCAGGAGAAGCUGAGCCUGGAGCAGCUCAGCCUGGACCUGUACCAGGGCACCGGGUCCCUCGCCCAAGUCCCCUUGGAUAAAUGGUGUCUCAAUGAGAUCCUGGAGUCGGCAGAUGCGCCUUUAGAAGUCACUGAAGGAUUCAUACAGUCAAUUUCUCUGUCAGUUCCAUGGGGCUCCUUGCUACAGGAGAAUUGUGCACUGGAAGUGAAAGGGCUAGAAAUGGUCUUCCGGCCUAGACCCCGCCUAGCAACUGGUUCUGAACCUAUGUAUUGGUCAAGUUUCAUGACCAGCAGUAUGCAAUUGGCAAAAGAAUGUCUUAGCCAGAAAUUAACAGAUGAACAAGGAGAAGCAUCACAGCCUUUUGAAGGACUUGAAAAGUUUGCUGAAACCAUUGAAACAGUACUAAGAAGAGUAAAAGUCACUUUUAUAGACACUGUCUUGAGAAUUGAACACGUGCCAGAAAAUUCCAAAACUGGAACUGCACUUGAAAUUCGAAUAGAAAGAACUGUCUACUGUGAUGAAGCUGCUGAUGAGGCCUCAGGAAUUAACGUGCAUCAGCCCACAGCCUUUGCUCACAAGUUACUCCAGCUCUCCGGAGUAUCUCUCUUCUGGGAGGAGUUUUCUGCGUCAGCAAAAUCUUCCCCAGUGUGUUCAACUGCACCAGCGGAAACUGAGCCAAAGCUGUCACCUAGCUGGAAUCCCAAAAUUGUAUAUGAGCCACACCCACAACUAACUAGAAAUUUACCAGAGGUAGCGCCCUCUGACCCAGUGCAGAUUGGAGGGCUAAUUGGUAGGCUGGAGUUGAGUCUCACGUUGAAACAGAAUGAAGUACUUCCUGGAGCUAAGUUGGAUAUUGAUGGACAGAUAGACUCUAUUCAUCUAUUCCUGUCACCAAGGCAGGUGCACUUGCUUUUGGAUAUGUUAGCAGCUGUUGCUGGACCAGAAAAUUCUAGCAAAAUAGGGUUAGCUAAUAAAGAUAGAAAAAGCCGACCCAUGCAGCAAGAAGAGGAAUAUCGAAUUCAGAUGGAAUUAAACCGGUAUUAUUUGAGAAAAGAUUCCCUCUCAGCAGGUGUAUCUUCAGAGCAAAGCUUUUAUGAGACAGAAUCCGCUCGUACACCUUCUAGCCGUGAAGAAGAAGUUUUCUUCUCCAUGGCUGAUAUGGACAUGUCCCAUAGUCUCUCUUCUCUUCCACCUCUGGGAGACCCUCCAAAUAUGGACCUUGAGUUGUCAUUAACUAGUACAUAUACAAAUACUCCAGCAGGAUCUCCAUUAAGUGCUACUGUGCUUCAGCCAACGUGGGGAGAUUUCCUUGAACAUCAUAAAGAACAACCAGUAAGAGGGUCCACAUUGCCAUCCAACCUAGUUCACCCACCAAAUUUACAGAAGACUUGUAAAUUUAUAGGUACUGGCAUCAAAGUGUCCUAUGAACAAAGACAAAGAUCAGCUUCCCGAUAUUUUAGUACUGACAUGUCCAUUGGGCAAAUGGAACUUUUGGAAUGCCUGUUUCCAACUGAUUCUCAUUCUGUUCCUCCUCACUACACAGAGCUUUUAAUGUUCCAUCCCAAAGAACGAACUGAUUCCCAUCUCCCUGUGUGUCUUCAGCUUCAUUAUAAGCAUUCUGAGAAUAAAGGACCCCAGGGUAAUCAAGCAAGACUUAGUUCUGUUCCUCAGAAGGCAGAAUUGCAAAUUAAGUUAAAUCCUGUGUUUUGUGAGCUGGAUAUCAGUAUUGUGGACAGGUUAAAUUCUUUGCUUCAACCACAAAAGCUUACUACGGUAGAAAUGAUGGCAUCGCACAUGUAUACUUCAUACAAUAAACAUACUAGUCUGCACAAGGCUUUCACUGAAGUAUUUCUGGAUGAUUCACAUAAUCCUGCAAAUUGUCGGGUAUCAGUACAAGUGGCCACACCAGCGUUAAACCUUUCUGUUCGCUUCCCAAUACCUGAUCUUCGGUCAGAUCAAGAAAGAGGACCAUGGUUUAAGAAGUCACUUCAAAAGGAGAUCCUUCAUUUAGCAUUCACAGACCUAGAAUUUAAGACUGAAUUUAUAGGAGGAUCAACCCCAGAACAAAUGAAAUUGGAACUUACCUUUAGAGAAUUAGUUGGGUCGUUCCAGGAAGAUAAAGGAGAACCAUCUAUUAAGUUUUUCCAUGUGUCUAGCGGAGUAGAUGGAGAUACAGCGUCAUCAGAUGACUUUGACUGGCCACGAAUUGUACUGAAAUUAAAUCCACCAGCUGUGCAUUCCAUUUUGGAGCGAAUAGCAGCUGAGGAAGAGAGUGAUGGCCGCUAUCAGGAAGAGGAGGAAGGGGGUGCUCAUUCCCUGAAGGAUGUUUGUGAUCUGCGAAGACCAGCCCCUUCUCCCUUCUCUUCUCGUAGAGUCAUGUUUGAAAACGAGCAGAUGGUGAUGCCAGGAGACCCUGUGGAAAUGACAGAAUUUCAGGAUAAAGCAAUCAGCAAUUCUCACUAUGUGCUGGAACUUACGUUACCCAACAUUCAUAUAACACUACCUAAUAAAAGCUUUUAUGAGAAGCUUUAUAAUAGGAUCUUUAAUGACUUGCUGCUGUGGGAACCAACAGCUCCUUCACCAGUGGAGACAUUUGAAAAUAUUUCCUAUGGUAUUGGUCUUUCUGUAGCCAGUCAGCUGAUUAAUACCUUCAACAAAGAUAGUUUUAGUCCAUUUAAAUCCACAGUUCACUACGAUGAGGAGAGUGGAUCUGAGGAGGAGACAUUGCAGUAUUUUUCUACUGUUGAUCCCAACUAUCGUUCCCGUAGGAAAAAAAAACUAGACUCUCAGAACAAGAACUCGCAGAGUUUUCUCUCGGUUCUUCUGAGUAUUAACCAUGGACUGAUGGCAGUGUUUACAGAUGUCAGGCAAGAUAAUGGAGAGCUGUUGGAAAAUAAACAUGGUGAAUUCUGGUUAGAGUUCAGCAGUGGUUCAUUGUUUUGUGUGACCAAGUAUGAAGGCUGUGAUGACAAGCACUACAUCUGCCUUCAUUCCAGUAGUCUCAGUCUGUACCACAAAGGCAUAGUAGAUGGAGUGAUUCUUCCUACGGAAACACGACUGCCCAGUUCAACACGCCCACACUGGUUGGAACCUACUAUUUAUUCCUCUGAAGAAGAUGGCCUCAGUAGAGCUUCUUCAGAUGGUGUUGCAGGAGACACUUUGAAUAUGCUCUCUGUUGCAGUUAAAAUACUAUCUGAUAAAUCAGAGUCCAAUACAAAGGAAUUUCUCAUUGCUGUGGGGUUGAAAGGAGCCACACUCCAGCACAGAAUGCUUCCUUCUGGGCUUAGCUGGCACGAGCAGAUUUUAUACUUCUUGAAUAUUGCUGAUGAACCUGUUCUGGGAUAUAAUCCUCCAACUUCAUUUACAACUUUUCACGUUCACCUCUGGAGCUGUGCACUUGAUUAUAGGCCUCUUUAUUUGCCGAUCCGAUCUCUUCUCACUGUGGAAACCUUCAGCAUUUCGAGUAGUGUGGCCUUGGACAAAUCCUCAUCUACUCUCAGAAUAAUCUUGGAUGAAGCUGCUCUGCAUUUGUCUGACAAGUGUAAUACUGUUACUAUAAAUUUGAAUAGAGAUUAUGUUCGUGUGAUGGAUAUGGGGCUUUUGGAAUUAACCAUAACUGCAGUGAAAUCUGAUUCUGAUGGAGAGCAAACUGAGCCGCGCUUCGAGCUACACUGUUCCAGUGACAUUGUCCAUAUCAGAACGUGCUCGGACUCUUGUGCUGCUUUAAUGAAUCUCAUUCAGUACAUUGCAAGCUACGGGGACUUACACGCAGCAAACAAGGUGGAGGUGAAGCCUGGAGCCCCUCACAGAAAGAUGAAGGUAGAUUCCAGCGGUCGCUCAUCCUCACAAGGUCCAGUACUUCCUGAAGCAGACCAGCAGAUGUUACGCGAUCUGAUGAGUGACGCUAUGGAGGAGGUUGACCUGCAGCAGGCCGCCGCGUCCGCGCCGGCCCAGGCCAACGGUGUUUUGGAUGAAAAAUCUCAAACUCAGGAGCCCUGUUGUUCAGACCUCUUCCUGUUUCCAGAUGAGAGUGGGAACACAUCCCAGGAGCCUGGCCCUCCUUACACCUCAUUCACACACCACUUGAUUAGUGAUGCAAUGGCAGGUGCGCCCACUGAGAAUGACGACUUUUGCAUUCUUUUUGCACCAAGAGCAAACAUUCAGGAGAAGGAGGAAGAGCCAGUUGUAAAAGUGAUGGUGGAUGAUGCGGUCGUAGUAAGGGAGAAUUACUUUAGUCAGCCCGCCAGGAAGACGGACACAGGCAAAGCCCCACUGCACUUUCCCAUCCCUGCCGUCCGCUAUGUCGUUAAAGAAGUCUCUCUUGUUUGGCAUCUUUAUGGAGGAAAGGAUUUUGGAACAGUCCCUCCUACUUCUCCAGCUAAAAGUUACAUCAGUCCCCACAGUUCACCUUCUCACACUCCCACAAGGCAUGGACGUAACAUGGCAUGUGGGGGAAAAGGAAGAAACCAUGACUUUUUAAUGGAAAUACAGUUAAGCAAGGUGAAGUUUCAGCACGAGGUCUACCCGCCUUGCAAGCCUGAGUCUGACUCCAGCCUCUUAGAGCACCCAGUCUCCCGGCAGGUGUUUGUCGUGCAGGAUCUUGAAAUUCGAGAUCGUCUGGCAACAUCACAAAUGAAUAAGUUUUUGUAUCUGUAUUGCAGUAAAGAAAUGCCUCGAAAAGCUCAUUCCAACAUGUUGACAGUGAAAGUAUUACACGUGCGCCCCGAGUCCGGCAGGUCACCGCAGGAAUGCUGCUUGCGAGUGUCCCUAAUGCCACUUCGCCUCAAUAUUGACCAGGAUGCCUUGUUCUUCCUGAAGGAUUUCUUCACAAGUCUUUCUACAGAAGUAGAGCUUCUAAUGACUCCAGAUCCAGAAGUUAAAAAGUCUCCUGGAGCUGAUGUCACCUGCAGUUUGCCAAGGCAUUUAAGCACCUCCAAGGAGCCAAAUCUAGUUCUUUCUUUUCCUGGGCCAAAGCAGCCUUCCCAAGAUGGUGGUGCCAAUUCAGUGGAAGUGGUUAAUGGGGAGGAAGAGAAGGACUUCUCAGCUGGAGAAGCAUCAUUUAGUGAUCAGCCGGUGUUUUUUAGAGAAUUUAGAUUCACAUCAGAAGUUCCUAUUCGACUUGAUUAUCAUGGCAAACAUGUAUCAAUGGAUCAGGGUACGCUGGCUGGGAUUCUGAUUGGUCUGGCCCAGUUAAACUGCUCAGAACUGAAGCUGAAGCGGCUUUUCUACCGGCAUGGCUUGCUAGGUGUUGACAAAUUGUUUUCGUAUGCAAUCACGGAAUGGCUUACUGACAUUAAGAAAAACCAGCUACCAGGAAUCCUGGGAGGUGUUGGGCCUAUGCAUUCACUAGUACAAUUAGUGCAAGGCCUAAAGGACUUGGUCUGGUUACCGAUAGAGCAGUACCGGAAGGAUGGCCGCAUCGUCAGAGGGUUCCAGAGAGGUGCCGCCUCCUUUGGUACCUCAACAGCCAUGGCCGCCCUGGAGCUCACCAACAGGACGGUUCAGACCAUACAGGCGGCAGCAGAGACUGCUUAUGACAUGGUGUCUCCUGGGACCCUUUCUAGUGAGACCAAGAGGAUCAAAAGGUUUCCUCAUCACCGCUUAGCCCACCAGCCAGUGGACCUGCGGGAAGGUGUGGCCAAGGCCUACAGUGUUGUGAAAGAGGGACUUACAGACACGGCUCAGACAAUUUAUGAAACCGCAGCUCGAGAACACGAAAGCAGAGGGGUCACUGGCGCCGUGGGCGAGGUCCUGCGCCAGAUUCCUCCUGCAGUGGUGAAACCUCUGAUUGUUGCCACAGAAGCGACAUCAAAUGUAUUAGGUGGCAUGAGAAACCAAAUUAGACCAGAUGUUCGGCAAGACGAGUCACAGAAAUGGCGCCAUGGGGAAGACUGAUAUUUCAGAUGCAAUUCUUUAUGGAGAUAGUGAGGGUGGAAGUAAGGAGCAUAGUGUCCCAUUGGCAGCUUUAGAGGGUACUCAUUUAAUUUUAUUGUGCUCAUCUCAGGAACAAAAGCAUUUCUUAGUUAAAUAAUUUAAUAUCAAAGCAACAUGCAACCAAAAACUUGUGACAUUUUAGGGCUAGUUUGGUACUUGCCUCGAGAAAUGUUUGGUAGUCAGUGUCAAAAGUUCUUAAGCGUUUGCUGCCAAGUGAGUGGAAUGCUUGCUUUUAUUAAAAUGGCUGUAAUUCUCCUUGCUAUGGAUGAGAGAUCAUUGGAAGCCUCCUGUUACAGUACAGAGUGCUCAGAAACUUUGAAAGUGCACUUUGAAAGCACUGUUUAUGUUGCCCUGAGGAGUUGAUUUUUCUCAAGGUUUAAAAAGAAUCACAGCUUCGAAACUUUCAUUGAGAAUGAGAGACAGAAGCUACAGGGAAAGCAAAGCAAAUAGGAUUUUAAUAUAAAUAUCCCUGAGGAAUAAAUAACCUAGUCUGUUGGAUUUAGUGUCCGUGCACUUGAGAACAUUUUUUCCAUUCCCUCAGAAAAUCUUGUCUGUGGGUGUUGAGAACGUGAAUGUCGCAGACAUGUUCUGUUUUGUUGCACUUUAUUGUGUGUGUGUGUGUGUGUGUGUGUAGAUUAAUACAAGUCAUGUGAUCUAUUCGUUAUGUAAUUUACAGAUUUUUCACAAAAUAUAAAGAGGAGUAAGACUGAAUGUUUUUGGCAAAGGAAGCUAACUCAGAUGUAGUAACUUCCAUUUAUUUUAAGUGUAAAUGAAAAUGUGCAUUCUAUAAUGUACUGGGGCCCAUAUGAUUUAUAUGUUCACUUUUCAGCAGAUAUAGUGCAAGCUUGUUAGAAAUGUGUGGAAAGGGAGAUUGGAAAUGAUUUUUACUUUUCUGAAAUUAACCAAAAAUCCUCCAAAUAUGCCCUAGUAAGCUAUUUCGAAGUACCAUUUUUACUUGGUUAACAGUGUACAUUUUGAUAACCUGUCAGGAAUGAAUAAAGUAUUUUUAUUUAAA